CUUGGUCAGACGGCCGCUACGACAUCUCUAGAACAAAAUGACAAUGGCUUUCUCCACUUUGGCUCUAAUCUUGUUCGUGCUGGCAAGUUGUCGGUUCCUGUGGACAACAGUGCUCUACCCUGUCUUCUUCUCCCCUCUCUCUAGGAUUCCAGCAGCACAUCCACUUGCGAGAGUUACGUCUUUGUGGAUCACGUACAUACGGUGGUCACGUCGUGAAAUCAGAACAAUUCACGCGGCACACGGCCGACUUGGGCCGAUCAUCUUGCUUGGGCCACGCGAAAUAAGUGUAAAUUGCGUCAAAGGGGGCAUACAAACUGUAUACUCUGGCGGAUUUGAGAAAGGCGAUUGGUAUGAUAUUUUUGCUAACUUUGAUAAUGUACGCAACAUGUUCAGCAUGCCGGCGUCCAAGGCACAUGCAGCGAGGAAACGAAUGUUAUCGAAUAUUUAUUCAAAGUCCUUCCUUCAGGCCUCUCCAACCCUGAAGGCUGCCACAAUCUCCAUUCUUCACGAUCGCUUCCUUCCACGAAUGACAGAGCUCGCUAACCAGGGGGUUCCUUUCGAUGUGUACAGCGAGCUCAGCGCAGUUACAAUGGAUUUCGUUACAGGCUACCAGUUUGGCCUCGUCAGUAGCUCGAAUCUUAUCCAAAACCUGGAAUUCCGCAAGGCUUUUCUCGGUUGGUACACAAGCCGCAUAGGAUUCAACUUCUGGCCUCAGGAACUUCCAAGGUUGACCGCGUUUCUGGAAAGAUUGGGUUUCAAGAUGGUGCCAGACCAUGUUGCCCCGGCAAAUGUGAAUAUCGAGCAGUGGUGUCUCUCAAUGUGUGAUGCGGCGAUGAAGUACAUGCGACAAGUGGGGGCAUCGAGUGUUGAGGAUGUGCCUUCGGCUGAGCGCAUCAACUUCCCGAUGGUUUUCUCUCAGAUGAUCACUGCGAUGUCAAAGAACAAGGAAUUUGACGGGAUGGACGCAGAGCAGCGACGUCUGGAAGUCGCCAGCGAAAUGUUGGAUCAUCUCGCCGCUGGCUUCGACACGUCCGGGAUAACGCUCUGCUACGCUGUGCACGAGCUGUCUCAACGACCAGAUAUUCAAACGGCAUUGAGAAAGGAACUUCUUACCCUAGAUCCGCGUAUAUCUCUCGCUCGAAACAUAGCCGAAGCAAUCGAUAUACCCUCUGCAAAGAAACUUGACGCACUUCCUUUGCUUGACGCAGUCCUUCAGGAAACACUGCGCCUGCGAUCAGCCAUACCUGGGCCGGAGCCUCGCAUCACGCCUCCAGGUGGGUGCAAUCUUGGAUCAGAGGGCGAGUAUGGGCGGAUACCCGGAGGGAUUCGCAUAUCCGCACAGGCACACAGUUUACACCGCAAUCCUGAAGUUUUCAGCAAACCAGAUUCUUGGAUACCAUCAAGGUGGCUGGAUGCAAGCGAGGAGCAAUUGAAAGAGAUGAGGCGGUGGUUCUGGGCGUUUGGAAGUGGCGGAAGAAUGUGCGUGGGGAGCAACCUAGCCAUCUACCAGAUGAAGUACAUCAUUGCUGCCAUCUAUACAAACUUUACAACAACAAUUGUUGAUGAUGAAGGCAUCGAGCAGAUGGACAUCUACACAGCUCCCCCGGUUGGUGGUAAACUAGUCAUUAGGCUCGACCGAAUGCAGGACUGAAACUUUCAAUCCAGCGUCAGCAACGUGAAAGAAAAGGGUUAAGAAGUGGACAAAAUGCUAUGGUUUGGAGGCAUAAUUAGAAUCCGUGUGGCCAUGCAUUUGCCUCUUAGAAGCAGCAGCUUUGCUAAGGGGAGACCCUGCGCCCGGGGGCGGGCAAUCUUGAAUGAGCCGGGUUCAUUGUAGGCUGACUUGGAUCAUUAAACAAGACUGUAAAUCAAAGGGCUCACGGGUCGCACAGUUGCGCAAAGUGAACGGACA